UAUUGCAACAUGACAUCAAAGAAUGGUGUUGGUGUGACAGAGAUUGGACAUCACAGCGAAUCAAGAACAUUGGUUAAUGGAUAUAAUUCUCGAGGUUCUUACAGCAGAAAUAUUAAAUAUAACAUUACCAUGGAGCAGAUUGUCGCGAUUAUCAACCAGUCGAAGAAUUGUGAGCAGUUUAUAAAAUAUGAAUGUUUUGGUAGCGUGUUGAUGGCACAUGGAUGGUGGGUAUCGCGUCAAGGUUCAAAGAUGAAUUACUGGGGUGGAGCGGCAGUCGACAGUGGAAAGUGUUCAUGUGGAAUGACCAACAGCUGUGCAGGUGGUAAAAUAUGUAAUUGUGAAAAUAAUGACGCGGUGUGGCGUGAAGACAGUGGAUACCUGACAGAUAAGAACACGCUGCCUGUUACUGAGUUGCGAUUUGGCGAUGCUGGUUAUGAUAACGUAAGAUAUUUUAACGAGCUUGGUUAUCAUACACUGGGAAAAUUACGUUGCUGGGAGUAA